UGGGAGUUGGCGGGCAUGGAACCUGUCAAAGCUGAAACGUUGCCGACUACAGAAGCGUCACAGCAUCUAAAGCAAUCAAUUUCUGAAGAGCAGGAGCAUACAUUGUGGGAAAAGGUCACCGAAGGAAUAUCUCAUUUCUUCCACACGGCGUCUGGCCGGUUUCGCACCCAUUCAACUACCGCUGGAGCCAACAACAUCAUACUGGCGGCCCACGACGACAAUACCCUCCUCACCCGCCUGACGGCCCGCACCGGUAUUGACCUUGGGCUGGGGAACGGGCGAAAUAGGGAUUCCGGACCUGUGCGACUGUUGGGAAUUGAGUAUCCUUCGUGUGCCGACCAAGGGUUUCAAGACGACUUUAAAAGUCGAGUGUGGAUUACAUAUCGGAAUGGUUAUCCGCCGAUAAAACCGAGUACAUAUACAAGCGAUGUCGGUUGGGGAUGCAUGUUGCGAAGUGGUCAGAUGAUGCUGGCCAAUGCUUUCCUCUUCCAUGAACUGGGCAGAGAUUGGAGACUAACGCGAUGUCAAGAUGACAAGGGUGCGUGGGACAAAUAUGUGACGAUACUAAAUCGAUUUCUCGAUACGCCUUCUGCGCCCUUUUCGAUACAUCGAAUAGCGCUGCUCGGAAAACAAUUUGAUAAGAAUAUUGGCGAAUGGUUUGGUCCCUCUACAAUAUCUCAUGUUCUAAAGGUCUUAUUGGACGACCAUAAGGACAUCGAUAUGGGAAUCUAUGUAGCAACCGAUGGCGUCAUGUAUUUGGAUGAUAUCAAUAAUGAGUGCACAAAAGGUCAUGAAGGAUGGAGAGGAACCUUGAUAUUGGUCCCGAUCAGGUUGGGUGUGGAAGGGUUGAAUCCAGUGUAUUUUGAUGCCUUAAAGGCGUGUUUUAGUUUGCCGCAGUGUGUGGGAAUAGCAGGAGGACGGCCGAAUUCGUCCCUGUUUUUCAUCGGAGUGGAAGGCAACCAUCUGGUGUAUUUAGAUCCACAUUUUCUCCGGCCAGCGGUGGAAGUGAAGCAUCCUGCAUCAUAUGCGCCAGAGGACCUCUCGACAUAUCAUUGCGAGACAGUAAGAACCAUGUCUAUGGAAGCCGUAGACCCGUCCCUUGUCCUUGGCUUCUACUGCUCAAGUAAACAAGAUUUGAAAAGCUUUUGUGAACAAGCGGUAAAUAUAUCGCACGGGAGAACGCCUCUGUUUACAAUUCAAGAGAAGGCACCUGAAUUUCAGGACAGAGAUGGCGAUGUUUUAUCGGAUGGUGAUGAUUUUUAGAAUUAAGUUCCCAAUCUGUAUUUUCAAGUUAUGUACAUAAUAUACAGGAAGCAGAUGUAUUCGCAAA